AUGAGACGGUUAACCAGAUAUGGCCCGAAUCCUUCAACAGAGGCAGUUAUGGCAACCGUGCGCAAGUUGGAUGCGGAGAAUCGAGCGGCAUGGGAAUGUGAGUGCCGAUUGCGGAGAUUGGGGCUGUGGCCAAUUGGUCUCUCUGCCCAGCGGCAGUGUGAGUUACAGGGAGCUGAAGGUGCCGUCCUUGCUCCCCAGCGGCAGUGUGUGUUACAGGGAGCUGAAGGUGCAGUCCUUCCUCCCCAGCGGCAGUGUGUACCCCAGGGAGCUGAAGGUGCAGUCCUUGCUCCCCAGGGGCAGUGUGUGUUACUGGGAGCUGAAGGUGCAGUCCUUCCUCCCCAGCGGCAGAGUGUCCUGCAGGGAGCAGAGACCGUCAGUCUCGCACCCCAACCACAGGACAAAAUAAUGAAAGGGGAGACAGCUGGUCCCCCUCUCCACCAGCAGAGAGAGUGUCAGGGAGAGGAGCCUGAUACCCCCUCUCCCCAGCGGCAGUUUACAGUUCAGAGAGAGGAGCUUGUUACACCCUCUCUCCAGCGGCAGCCUAACCCAGCAAGGGGAGAUGUUACACCCCCCAACAGUGCAGAUGUCUCUGCACUUACAGCACAAGGAGUAGGGACAGUCGGUCCUGUUCCCCAGCCACAGAGCGGUGUAUCCAGAGGGGAGACAGUCGGUCUCUCCCUCCCACAACCAGGCUCCCACCAGGCUACUUCCGUGGUAGCACUGGCAUCAGGGCAGAGUACCGCUGGUCUCUGCCCACUCAGCAACCCACCAAGGCAGCCUAACAGUUGCCCACACAGUCGUGGUGAGGCACCUGGACAUGGACAAAGUUCUCCUCUACCCAGGUGUAGUAACCAGUUAUUGUGGGUGGGCUGUACUGCUGUUUCUGUUUUGUGGGUGGGUUGCUGGACUAACCAGGGCACUGACCGGCAGGAGGUCAGAUACCCUGUUAGUCUAGUUGGUAAAGGGGAGAAGUGUGGCGAAACCAACCUCGCCACUGUGAACUGGAGAAGCCUGGUUGCUCGCCUGCUCCCUUUGGACUAUGGCCCUGCAGGUUAAACUGUUUAUUUCCCCUGCAGAAAGGCUUAUUUGUGUGAUCUGAGUGCCAUUCAUCUAAUAAUGUGCACUCAGAUCCCAGCUAUCUGGGGAUAUGUGAAAUGUCUGUGUGUUAUGUGUAAAUGUGACUUUAUGUAUUUUAAAGUGUUUUGUGUCUUUUUGCAACCAUGUGCUUAAUGGAGUCUUGUGUCUAUCCUGGGAGAUAAUUGAAUUACUUAUCUCCAGGAUAGAAGACUCUGAAACUGGUUUGGGCCAGAAAGCCAUGCUUCAUUUAGUCACAAAGGACUUUUUACUAACUUUUGAACCCCUUGUCUGAUUUGUGCCAUUUUUGAAUAUGUUGUUCCCCUGAAUGGAUUGAUUGUGAAUAUGUAAUUUUAUGUGAAUGUGAUGUAUGGUUUUGGAGUUAUGAAAGUUGGGUAGAAAGUAUGUUUUAACUGUAUGUAUAAUUGAGUUUCCUCUCAGGAUAAGGGGAGGGAAUAUGUGGGAUGUAACUGUGAGGUGAUUGGUUGUUUUGUAACGCCCUGUGGGCUGUACUAUGUUUGUGGAUUGGGAAUAAAAGAGACUGUAUGUGACAGUACAGGGAGUUCCUGUUUUAACCCUCAAAGUGAAGUGUCGUCUCAUUAUUGGGGGAAGGAUUUAUUGUAUGCUGUUCCAGUUUGACUGCUAGGAGAGUAAACCUAUUCGUAUGGUUCCUAUUCAACUGUCUACAGCAUUCAUAUGCUUGAGAGGAUUCAUAUGCUUCUCCGGUUCGGUGGUUGUGGUGUCUGCUGCAGUGCUUGGAAUCCUCAGGAAGCGCUAGGAGCAUCCUUCAACGGAGGUACCCAGUCGGGGUGCCAGGCGAUCCGUUACAAUGUCAAUAGACUGCUUGUUUUUCUGAGUCUAACAGCAUGCAGAGUUACAGCUUCAGGCUUGAAUGCAGUAAGAUUUUGCUAUAUUUAUGGAGGCAUGAGGGACCCAGGGGGGCUAGAUGGUGGAGUUAACACUAUAGGGUCAUGAAUUCAUGUUUGUGUUCCUGACGCUAUAGUGAUCCUUUAAGGUAAUGCUGACUUUGGUCUCUCUAACACUGCGGCAUGUCCCCUUUCUUCUACACUCACUACAUACAGCGUUUCUCUGUGCCAGACCAUAUACCAGGAGCUUCUGGCUGCUAGUAAGAAGGUAAGGAGACAAGUGGACCAGCGAGUGCUAGUGGACAGUCCUUAGAAAGCAUUGAGUGAGCGCAUCAUUAGACGCAUUUAUGCCAAGCUCAGGUUGCUGUCUGCAUAGUAUGCGCUUAGUUGGCCAGCUGCAUGAUUGGCAGGCAGCCUGAUAUGCAUUCACACCAGGCUGGCCUUCUAAUUCUUUGGGCAGACAUAUCCUCUUUUUGGGCAUGUUCGCCCCUUUUGGCAGGUUACGUGAUUUGUGUCAGUGGCACACCCUUUUACCAUGCCCAUUGACUUCCUGCUUGACUGGACACUGCUGUUAGGGAUUAUGGAUUUACUUGAAAGAUGAAAACAUAAAUUAGUGAGAGAUUAGCCUAGGGUAUGUGUUUUCUUAUAGCUGCUGUUUUCUUUCUCUCCAGCACCAUCUCCAUCAGAUACAUGAUGCUUGGGAGUGUUUUACUGUUUUUGGUCGAUAUGAUUCUGUAAUUAGGCCCGUCAUAAUUGUCAGCACCAGGCCCACUGGGCUCUUAAUCUGGCCCUGGUGUUAUUACUUUACAGUAUGUGGUCAUUGUGCAUGUAGUAGGUAUACUAGAUGCUGGCGUUUGACGUGAGCAGACGCAUGGCGUGAGCUCUCCGAGCCCAGAGCCUCCCCAAAAAAUAGAGUUCAUUAUAGCUUUCACUGACUAAAAAAAAAAAAGUUUCUUUACUGACUAAAACUUCUAAAGUCUUUCAUAUUAUAGCACUACAACAAGAAUUAGUGCAGUACGUGAUGCCACCAUCGAGGAGAGAGCGCCAAAAGCAGCCUAUAGAAGGUAGUGACUUGGGAGCCCCCACUUCAGAAGACCUCUCAGAUCAGGAGACCGCCGAAGUGGUGUACUCUGAUAAUUUGGUGACAGAGAAAACCCUGCAUACUAUGCUCCAGAGUUUAAGAGUCACCUUACAGAAAGAUUUCAAACAAAUUUCCUCUGACUUACCCAAAGAAGUCUCUGAAUUAGGAAACAGGACCAGUCAGUUGGAAGAUUUCACUGAGGGUCUCUGUACAGCCCAUAAUGAGGUGCUAAACAAGAUCAAACAACUAAUGGAGGAAAACCUUAAUAUGAAACUCAAACCUGCUGAUUUGGAAGAUAGGUCAAGAAGGAACAAUGUGAGAUUUAGGGGCAUUGCAGAUAAUAUUAAUCAAGAAGCCUUACCUGCUUAUAUCAAUGAACUUUGCUCUACAAUUCUGCCGACUAUGGAAGCUGGGGCUUGGACUUUCAACCGAUACAUCGCCUUCCUCGCCCGCAAAGACUCCCAGCUGAUACACCCAGAGAGGUGAUUUUCUGCUUCCACUACUUUCAUUAUAAUAAUUAAUUGCUUGAAGGAGCCAGGAAACAGAAUCCUCUCCCUUCCCCUUACCAGGAGAUUACCUAUUUGCUGAUCUAUCGGCUGCCACAGUAGCCAGAAGACGCGAAUUUGCAGGUAUAACAAAAGUCCUGCGUGAUCAUAAGGUAAUACAUCGCUGGGGGUACCCCACAAAACUCUUGAUCUGGCGAGAGGGUAAAAUGCAAGCAAUAAUGGAACCAUGUAAAGGAAAUGAAACACUCAUGACCUUGGGGCUUAUGAAACCGGAAGAUCAUAUACAGCAAGUCCCAGCUUCUCCUAAGAAGAUCCAGAAGGAGUGGAUGUUGGCUUCUUCAAAGAAAUCAAAAUAG